AGACUGGAAAAAAGAGACAAGAAAUAAACACAGAAGCAAAUAACUGGAAUCGUGAAUUUGCCCAAGAUGAAAGGAUUGCAAGCUAUGUAAAUAAAAUACUAGUAGAAUCAUCCACAAUUUACUAUAAAAGUAAACCAGCAAUAAUCAAAAAUUUAAUGAUUGCAGCUAGGUGUUCAUUAAUACUUGUUCAAAGGCUGGGUUGGCAAGUAAUUUAUGAUAGCAAAACGAUUGACCUAUCUAGGCUAAGAGUUAUGACAAAGAAUGAAUUUGCUGAGCUUAUUAAAAAAAUUGAAGAGCAGGAACCAGCAGAUAAUAAUAAUUAUUAUAAGCUAGCUAAUAAGAACUUAAAGAAAUUAGAAGAGAGCUUUUAA